AUGCAGACAAAUUGUCCAGCAUCUUGUGGCUUUUGUGAGACUCAACAAGGUCAAUACGCUUAUCCGCAACAAUACGAACCAUACUUUACUUCAACGCAGUAUGGAGGAGGGUACUCUAGUGGUAAGUAAUGUAAUAAAAAAAGCUCACAAUGUUGUUAGAAAUAAAAAAAAGUAUUUUAGCCAAAUAAAAAGUUCUACGCACUUUCCGACCGAAUUUUUUACUUCUACUCAUCUACUAUUAGAUAACAGUACUAAAACACUUUUUCCAGGUUGUAGCAACUUUUAUUGUAGUGGCGGCUACUCCGGCUACUGCUACGACUGCUACGGUGGUGGAUUUGUCGGUAUGGUAGGGUACCCUGGCUACAUGGGUGGUGGUAUUAAUAUUCUAGGCGGUCUAUUAGGCGGGCUAGAAAGCUUAAUAGCUGGGAUUGGCCAAGCAUUUCGUAACAUCUUACUAAACCUUGGCAACCUUCUCAACUCUGGCAAUUUCGCUAACUAUGGUUACGGUUACGGUGGAAACUCAUGUAAGUCUGAAGAAACGUUUUUACUAAAAAUUUUAAAGAUUUAAACUACUGAUUAGUGCAAAAAUAUUAACAAAAGUUUAGAUUGCAUGGACUAUCUCCCCGGCUGCUACAUGUACCUGAGUAUGUGUAUGUCACCGUACUCUUUCUAUUCCCAAUGCCUACAACGCUACUGUCCUCUAACCUGUGGCCUCUGUGCUGGUGGUCAAAGUGGCAUAGUUGGUGGUGGAGGAAUAGUACCAGGUUUAUCUAUUGGAGGUGGCGGACUUGGUAACCCCUUAGGUGCUUUAGGUGGAAUUAUGGGUUAA